UUUCUUGUUUUCUGUUACUCCGAUCAAAUCUCGAUCUUCUCGUCGCAGCAUCUCCGAUUGCGAUUGCUCCGGCGGUAAUUUCUAGGACGGCGUCACAAGCCUCUCGUCUUCUUUCUCUUGCUCAGAGACGCUUCGGUAACGAGAAGUCCUGAUCUGAUAUGGCGUCUGGGAUCGUCGGAGGAGGUGGAUCCUUAUCGGAUGUAUAUAGUAGUGCGAAAAGGAUUCUACUCAAGGCUCGCGACGGAAUCGAGAGGUUAGAGAGGUUCGAAUCAUCUUCUAUGGAUUCUCCCGAUCUGGCUUCCUCCGUGAAACGAGACAUUACUGAGGUCCGAUCUCUCUGCUCAAACAUGGAUGCUCUUUGGCGCUCAAUCCCUGUUAAAUCUCAGCGUGAUCUCUGGAGAAGAAAGACUGAACAAGUUGGAGAAGAAGCUGAGUAUUUGAAUCAAAGUCUGGAAAAAUACAUGUCGAGGAAUCAGAGAAAGAUGUUGGAAGCUAAAGAGAGAGCGGAUUUGCUAGGCAGAGCGAGCGGAGAAGGGGCUCACAUUUUGCAGAUAUAUGAUGAGGAAGCUCAAGCUAUGAACUCUGUGAAGAACUCGAAGAGAAUGCUUGAAGAGUCGUUUUCUAGUGGAGUUGCUAUCCUCUCCAAAUAUGCUGAACAAAGGGAUCGUUUGAAGAGUGCGCAGCGUAAAGCUUUGGAUGUUCUGAACACAGUAGGGCUCUCCAACUCGGUACUGAGGCUCAUUGAGAGGCGCAAUCGUGUUGAUACUUGGAUCAAAUAUGCCGGUAUGAUCGCAACACUUGUCAUUUUGUAUCUGUUCAUAAGAUGGACACGCUAAACCGAAGAAAAAUCAAACGACUUAGUUACACAGAUUGUUAUAUGUAAAGCGUUAUGUUACUUCAUGUAUGCGCCUCUUACAAGAGAUAUUGAUAAUUUUCACAUGUUACUACAAAAUAUCUUUAUCAAUAUCUUAAUCAUUCUGACGGUGAAAAUGAUGUGAUGGUUUGAU